AUGAACGAUGUAUGUGAGUCUGUGUUUUUGAUACGUUUUAUUCUGUUAAUUUUGCGAUUGGGAGAUGGAGGGGAUUCAGCGUGUUUUUUGUUUGUGUGCGUUGCUUCGGCCUUCCCACUCCAGAGCCCUCACCUCGCGGUUGGGAGCCGCUGGGGGUGUAUUCUUGUGAGUUCGUGUGAUUUACUUGUGAGCGGAGCAUCCCACGGUGCGGCUGCCGUCAGUGCCGGUGGUGUGGCUCCCGGUGUGUGGAGAGUGCGUGACGUGACGCUCGCCCCGCCGCCGAUGCGCCGAGCGGGCGGGACAACGCCAAUGACACACGGCCCCUGCUUGUUGACGACACAGCUGUCCCUCCUUUUUUUCCCCUGCUUGUGUUCUCUUGUAGAAGGCUGCACAGUGUAG